AUGAAUGUUUCUAACUUCACCACCGAUCAGUCUGCUCUUUUGGCCUUCAAAGCCCAUAUCACUUUCGAUCAUUCUCAUCACAUAUUGGCAAAUAACUGGUCCUCAGCCACCUCAAUUUGUGACUGGAUUGGUGUCUCUUGCGGCAAACCCCACCGCAGAGUGGUGGCCUUGAAUCUCCCUGACAUGGGUAUUGGAGGCACCAUCCCAUCCCACAUUGGGAACCUCUCAUUUCUAUCCUACUUCAGCAUUUCCAACAACACUUUCCAUGGUCAUCUUCCCAGUGAGAUGGCUCGAUUGCAUCGCCUAGAAGUUGUCGACUUCAAAUUCAACAACUUCAAUGGAAGUGUUCCGGCAUGGUUUGGAAAAUUACCCAAGCUUCAGUACUUGGUUCUCGCAAACAACAGUUUCACGGGUUGGGUUCCACCUUCCAUUGGCAACAUAUCAGCAUUAGAGUCUCUCAAUUUAAUGCACAAUUUUCUGGAGGGAAGAGUUCCUGAAAAGAUAGGUGAUCUUCCUAAACUGAAGCAGCUACGCAUGGGAUUUAACUAUUUUUCGGGGUCUAUACCGUCAACCAUCUUCAACAUCUCAUCACUUCAAUUGAUUGAAUUCUCAUCUACUAUGAUGUCUGGUAGUCUUCCGGAUGAUAUGUGUAUUUCAAUUCCCAAACUUGAAUUUAUCCAUCUUUCUUGGAAUGAGUUUGAUGGCCAAAUUCCAUCAACUCUGGGUGAAUGCAGAGAGCUCCAAAUCAUAUCAUUGUCCGUUAAUAAAUUCAGUGGGAUCAUACCCAGAGGAAUCGGAAAUUUGACCAUUCUCCAGACGUUGUAUCUUGGUGAUAAUAACAUCACAGGUCGAAGAAAAUCUCAAAAUCGGGCAAACGCCGCUUCUCAAAAUUUAGCCAUGGCUCAAGAAAGGCGUAGAAUGGGAAAUCUUCCCCCUCCCAGACAAAGCGGCCGUUUAGGGUUCCUUGAAUCGGUCUAUGUACAAGCUCAUAGGGGUUCCCACUUUACUUAG